UUCAUUCAUUUUAUUUCUGGCACCGAACGGACGCGGACGAAGAGCGUUUACGUACAGUGGAAGUGACUGUGCAAAAUAACAAACAAACGGAGGAAAAAACUGCUUAGUUCAACCAAAACGAAAAACAAAAAAAGAGAAAAACAACAGAGCAGCGGCCAAAUUAGCUGGAGGCAGCAACAAAUUUAUUAUAUGUACAAAAGUGCCACAAUAGUGAAACACACGCACACGCAUACCAAAUCGCUCAUAUGCUCUCACCUACAGAUGUGUGUGUGUGUGUGCAUGUAUGUAUAAAUGUAUGUAGGCGGCGCUGUUGCUGGUAAAAUUCCACUGUGAAAGGAAGUUAUUGUUGCUGUUGCUGUUGCUGCUGCUGCUGGGUGUCGUGUCGUGUAUUAAUAAAACAAAUAAAAGUUUAUACAAAAUUUUAUAAAAGCUGAAAACGUGUAAACGGUCCCCCGAAUCGAGUGCGCCGAGCAGCAGUAAUCACGUUUUUCGACAUUUAUUCAUUGUUGCCUUUUUGUUCACAUCGUCGCGAGUGAGAGACAGAGAGAGAGAGGGAGAGAGGCCACAGUGGAUGCUCCAACAAGUGCACUUUAAUUGCUGCCCCCCACCAAAAAUAGACGUAGAGCUGCUGCCAAGUACAACAAGGAGAAAAUAGCUUUAUCGCCGCUUCGUUAUCGCCUGGCCAGCGCACACGCAUACGCACACAGAAAGACACGAGCAAACAAAAGGCUAACCUAACUGCUGAUAAGACCCUGACAGCCACAGUCCAAUCCGUACCGUACCCUAGCUGGCCAGACUUAUCGGUAUAAUUCCAUUCGUUCCAACAUAAAUAAAUACAUAGCGGAAUGUUAUGCUAUAUCUAAGACAGCAACAACGCAGCGUGUUCGGCAAGUGCAACGAGUAUUGGAUAUUAUUCAUCGAGAGAAGUGCAACAAAAGUGUGAUACCAAAUUGUACCUAAAUAACAGUAACAACAGUAACAACCCGACCCGCAACGGCCAUCCUUGUGUAACAAACCACCCGAAGGAGCGACAGAGAGACACAGAAAGAAAGAGAGUGAGAGAAAGAGAGUGAGAGCUUUGCUUCGCCGUAGAUCUAAAUUUGCCGUCGCUGCUCGUGUUCGUCUUCGCCUUCGCCGCCACCCGUCGACAACCUGUUUGCUCAGUCAUAAUUCGCCCUCCCCCCGGCAUUUAUCUUGGAAUUCGUACAAUUAUUUCUGCAUUGACGUAAGGAGCGCACCCCACCUUCCACCAUUCCACCGCAACUGCAAGCCACGUUGACGCAGCAGCAGUCGCAGCAGCAGUCCAGGACAGCAGAGCAAGCAGACACAGCCGGAGCAGAGGGCGCAACAUUAGGAGGGACCGGGAGUCGCCACAGCAGCAUGGAACCCUUUUGGAACGAAUCGAACGGACAUGCCGCACAUCCGGUUAAGUAUGAGAGCGAAGCAGCUGUCUCCAGUUUUCCUUAUUGCACAGAAUCUAGCUUAAAUUUUUCCACCUCUGCGACGGCAUACAGCGAGGACGAUGCUGAAUAUGCCACAGGAAGACGUAAUAAAACAUCGAGGCAAGACCCCCUAUCGCACCGGAUCAUCGAGAAGCGGCGCCGGGAUCGCAUGAACUCCUGCCUGGCGGAUCUCUCGCGCCUCAUCCCGCCCCAGUACCAGCGCAAGGGCCGUGGCCGCAUCGAGAAGACGGAGAUCAUCGAGAUGGCCAUCAGACACCUGAAGCACCUGCAGAGCGAGUGCCUGCAGAAGGAGAGCGACUACCGCAGCGGGUACAUGGACUGCAUGAAGGAGGCGGCCAAGUUUCUCUACGACGUCCACAUGCAGGACUUCUGCCACCGCCUGUUGGGCCGUCUGCAGGAGCACAUCGAUGACAUGUUCAAAACCGAGUGCUACAAGUCCUCGCGGACCUGCCACAUGCCGGACAAUGUUAGCGCCUCCAGCGGCAGCCCGCACCAGGCCUACCAUCCGCCGCUGUGCCACCUGCGGGACAUGCUGGGGGCCUCGGACGUGGAGCACAGCCAGGACCACAACGAUGUCAAGGAUCUGAGCUUCCGCAAUCAUCUCAACCAGCUGCAGCGGAACCAGCAGGCAGUCGCCGCUGCUGCCGCCGUGGCUGCCAACGGCAGCGGGAGCUCCUCCAGCUCCACCACCCUCGAGGCCGCCAACAAGCUGCCCCUGACCAAUGGGAGUGGUAACGCCAAUGGCGACAAUGUUCCCACCAAUUCCACGGGCCCUCUGCCCGCUGCUGGCAGCAGCAAUGUGGCCAGCUCCACCACCUGCCCCAGCACGGUCACCUGCCCAACGAUCACAUCCGCGUCGGUGGCUCAGAAGGUGGCGCCGCCCAUGGCCGCCCACCAGCAGCAGCAGCAGCUGCCACACCAGGCGGCAGUGAUCACGUCGACGGCCCCGCACCACCACACGGACAGCAGCCACCACGACUUUGACUCGUCGCAUGAGCCCAUCCUCCACACGGACACCUCCAACAUGCACUCGCCGCCGCCGCGGGACAUGCUGCUGCAGCAGCAUCCGCAUCUGGGGCACAACCACACCCAGGACAGCCUGAUGUCGGUGCGCAUGCGCAACUACUCGGAGUCGUCGCACGAGGUGGAGCACAACAACAACUACAAGUACAAGAACCACAUCAAGGAGCGCUUCGUCCACGAGCUGCACGAUGAGGAGACGAGCAGCGAGCACUGCGCGGUGGCGUCCCAUCUUCAGAGCGACCACUCGCACAUGCAGGCCCACUCCGACCACUCCAAGGACGGCACCGAGCCGGAGAUAGCCCCCAUCAUGGCCAAGAAGCGCAAGAUGGCCGAGGCAGCAGCGGCGGCGGCGGCGGCGGCAGUGGCCAAUGGGGAGCACCCCCUGGAUGCGCACUGCGAGGCCAGCAACCCGAAUCCACCGCGCCAGCUGCUGAUGCUGCGCGAGGACACCAAGUCCUCGCCCUCGUUCAACUUCAGCGACAUCAAGGACAUCAAGUCGGAGCUGCACAACAGCAACUCCAACUCCAGUCCGCUGCUGGCCAAGCUCAACGCGGCCGCUGCCGCCGGAGCCCAGCUGAGCACUCCCAGCAGCACCACCACCUCGCUGGCGCCCCGGCACUCCUUCACCGUGCCCAUCUUCGCCCUGCACGGCCAGGGCAACUACUACGUGCCCCUCAAUGUCGACUACAACGCCCUGGUGCCGUUCCUCAACGGCAUGGACCUGCUGGAGAAGAGCUACUCGAGCAUGCCGGUGGUGCACCCCAUCAACAUCAAUGUCAACUUCAUGCCCAGCUCCCCGUCGGCCUCCCUGCUGGCCGCCGCUGCAGCCGCUGCCGCCGUUGCCGCUGGCAAGCAACAGCAGGCCGCAGUGGCCGCAGCAGCCGCCUCCGCAUCCGCCGGUGGUCCCCUGUCCUCCGUGGUGGGGGCCAAUUCGGCGGCUGCCCAGGUGGCGGCUGUGGCCGCCGCGGCCGUGGCCAAGGCCAAGCUGGAGCAGGCCAUAAACAGCAGCUGGUAAGGAGGCAGCAGAUGGAGCAGCAGAUGGAACAACUACCUCAGAACUUCUGUGAAUAAUCAUCAAAUGAUUAAUCUCAACUCAAAAACCAAGCGACAUCUGCGUCAUGGAGAGGAGAUGAGAGGAGAGGAGAGGAGGGAGGAUAAUUUUGGAUUAGAUCGGAACAGCCUCAAAGGCUGGAUGGCCGGGAGCCUAGACAAGAUCGGAAAGUAGAUGUUUAGAGGGAGAAAUUAGAGGAAAAUAGUUUUGCUAGCCAACUAUUUUGAUCAAAGCUAACAAGCAACAAAAAAUUAACCAUAAAUCAAUGUCUAUUAUAAAGCAUAGAAAUGUAAAAUAAAUAUGCAAAAUGUACACCGUACCGUGCUAAAUAUGAUGCCAAGAGUCAGUCCCACGUAAAAGAUCUAAUGGAUUUUAAAAAACAAAAACUAAAAAACAAAAAAAACAAAAAACAACAACUAAUUGUGAACUAAAUGUAUUUUUUUUAGGAGUUUAAUGUUUUUGCAGUGUUAAUUACAUAAGUGUUGUGGUUUCAAAUCAGGUAGUCUAUAGCCAAGUGGGGGAGGGUCCUGCACCGGGAGUCCCCAUCCCAAUCAAACGUACAUAUUAAAAUAUAUAUUAUAUAUUAUAUAUGUAUACAUACGCGUACUAUAUAGUAAACCACUAGUCAAAGAGGAUAUGUGUAGAGCGUAAACGUAAACGUAAACGGAAGUGGAAAUGGAUAAAAAAAAAUCAAAAUGAAAUAUUACCUAUUAUAUAGUAUGUAUGAAUUCGAUGUGUAAAUAUUGUUAGCAAAGCAAAUUGUCAUUCGUUUAAGUUUGUAUUUUAGCGACAAAUUAUCUUAAGUUCGUUGGUUAUCACACACACACACAUCCCAAGGAGGAGCUAAAAAAAAACAAAACAAAAAAAAAACAAUUAAAACAAAAAACACAAAAAAUUUUCUAUUACCGAAAGAAAGCCCAAGUUUCAUUCUCGAAAUGCGGUCCUAAUACUAUAGUUAGUUCUUACCCCUACCAACCCCUAAGUUGAUUUAUUUCUUUGUGUUUUAUUUUGUUAUCCCGCAGCGGAAUAAAGGAAAAUAUUAAACCUGUUUCGACUGUCACCUGUUUCUGCCGAUCCACGCGAGCACUGGGGAAACGAUAUAAUUGGCUAAACCGAGCACAAACGAUUAUUGAUCUUUUGAAUUAAUGUGUAACGACUGUAUGAUUACGUUUGCUCUACGGUACUGUUAAUAUACAACUACGUUACAGUUUAAUAUAUUUUAUAUGUGUAUACAGAUGUAAUAAAAACCACUACAAAAUGAAA